AUGAUUCCGGGUUCCACGUUCCUUCGCCCUCGGCAAGGGGGGCCUGUUGCUCACGUGUCUCCCGCCCCCGAAAGCGUGACCAUGUUGACUGUUUCCCGAGCUCUGCAGGGACACAGAAUCCUCCAGCGAAGCGUGGAAAAGCAGCAUCGUGACUUCGCUCUCCUUUCCAGUUUCCAAACCGGCAACAGUGGAGAAUCCCCUUGUUGCAGGAAACAGGAAUCCGUCGUCAGGCCAACUACUGGAGAGCCUCAGAGAGCCAGCCCCCGAAGCCCCUCUUUCCCCUCCAAUCCGGCCCUACACCCACCCACCCCACAAGGACCUGGUCCCUGCGGUUUUCGGCUUCGGAGGGCGGGCUACCCCGGGAACUUGGGCCCCGAGCUCAUGUAUAUUCAUAAAGCGGUGGAGGUGGUAGGUCUUUCUAAGGGCCUCCAGGCUGCACCUGCCGCAGCGCUCCUCCGAGCCUUUGAGAAGGAUCGCUUUCCAGGCAUCGCCGCCCGGGAAGAGCUGGCCAGAGAGACGGGCCUCCCGGAGUCCAGGAUUCAGAUCUGGUUUCAGAAUCGGAGGGCCAGGCACCCGGGACAGGGUGGCAGGGCGCCCGCGCAGGCAGGCGGCCUGUGCAACGCGGCCCCCGGCGGGUGUCACCCUGCUCCCUCGUGGGUCGCCUUCGCCCACACCGGCGCGUGGGGAACGGGGCUUCCCGCACCCCACGUGCCCUGCGCGCCUGGGGCUCUCCCACAGGGGGCUUUCGUGAGCCAGGCAGCGAGGGCCGCCCCCGUGCUGCAGCCCAGCCGGGCCGCGCCGGCAGAGGGGAUCUCCCAACCUGCCCCGGCGCGCGGGGAUUUUGCCUACGCCGCCCCGGCUCCUCCGGAAGGGGCGCUCUCCCACCCUCAGGCUCCUCGGUGGCCUCCGCACCCGGGCGAAAGCCGGGAGGACCGGGACCCGCAGCGCGACGGCCUGCCGGGCCCUUGCGCGGUGGGACAGCCUGGGCCCGCUCAAGCGGGGCCGCAGGGCCAAGGUGUGCUUGCGCCACCCACGUCCCAGGGGAGCCCGUGGUGGGGCUGGGGCCGGGGUCCCCAGGUCGCCGGGGCGGCGUGGGAACCCCAAGCCGGGGCAGCUCCACCUCCCCAGCCCGCGCCCCCGGAGGCCUCCGCGCGGCAGGGGCAGAUGCAAGGCAUCCCGGCGCCCUCCCAGGCGCUCCAGGAGCCGGGGCGCUCGUCUGCACUCCCCUGCGGCCUGCUGCUGGAUGAGCUCCUGGCGAGCCCGGAGUUUCUGCAGCAGGCGCAAGCUUUCCUAGAAACGGAGGCCCCGGGGGAGCUGGAGGCCUCGGAAGAGGCCGCCUCGCUGGAAGCACCCCUCAGCGAGGAAGAAUACCGGGCUCUGCUGGAGGAGCUUUAGGACGCGGGGUUGGGACGGGGUCGGGUGGUUCGGGGCAAGGGCGGUGGCCUCUCUUUCCCGGGGAACACCUGGCUGGCUACGGAGGGGCAUGUCUUCGCCCCGCCCCCGCCACCGGGCUGACCGGCCUGGGAUUCCUGCCUUCUAGGUCUAGGCCCGGUGAGAGACUCCACACAGCGGAGAACGGCCAUUCUUUCCUGGGCAUCCCGGGGAUCCCAGAGCCGGCCCAGGUACCAGCAGGUGGGCCGCCUACUGCGCACGCGCGGGUUUGCGGGUUUGCGGGCAGCCGCCUGGGCUGUGGGAGCAGCCCGGGCAGAGCUCUCACGCCUUCCCACCACUCCACCCCGCCGCCUGACCGCCCCCUCCCCACCCCCACCCCCCACCCCCGGAAAAUGCGUCGUCCCCUGGGCUGGGUGGAGACCCGCGUCCCGCGGAACACCGGGCCCGCGCAGCGUCCAGGCCUGACACCGCUCCGGCGGCUCUCGCCUCCUCUGCGCCUCCGCGCCACCGCGCCACCGUCGCCCGCCCGCCCGGGCCCCUGCAGCCUCCCAGCUGCCAGCACGGAGCGCCUGGCGGCGGAACGCAGACCCCAGGCCCGGCGCACACCGGGGACGCUGAGCGUUCCAGGCGGGAGGGAAGGCGGGCAGAGAUGGAGAGAGGAACGGGAGACCUAGAGGGGCGGAAGGAUGGGCGGAGGGACGUUAGGAGGGAGGGAGGGAGGGAGGCAGGCAGGGAGGCAGGGAGGAACGGAGGGAAAGACAGAGCGACGCAGGGACUGGGGGCGGGCGGGAGGGAGCCGGGGACAGAGGGAGGAAGGCAGGGAGGAAAAGCGGUCUUCGGCCUCCGGGAGUAGCGGGACCCCCGCCCUCCGGGAAAACGGUCAGCGUCCGGCGCGGGCUGAGGGCUGGGCCCACAGCCGCCGCCUCGCCGGGCGGCCGGCGGGGCACUCAUUCGCCCCGGUUCCGUGGCCCAGGGAGGGAGUGGGCGGUUUCCUCAGGGACAAAAGACCGGGACUCGGGUUGCCGUCGGGUUUUCACCCGCGCGGUUCACAGACCGCACAUCCCCAGGCUGAGCCCUGCAACGCAGCGCGAGGCCGACAGCCCCGACCACGGAGGAGCCACACGCAGGACGACGGAGGCGUGAUUUUGGUUUCCGCGUGGCUUUGCCCUCUGCAAGGCGGCCUGUUGCCCACGUCUCUCCGGCCCCCGAAAGGCUGGCCAUGCUGACUGUUUGCUCCCGGAGCUCUGCGGGCACCCGGAAACAUGCAGGGAAGGGUGGAAGCCCGGCAUGGUGCCUUCGCUCUCCUUGCCAGCUUCCAAACCGGCCACACUGCAGACUCCCCAUGUUGCCGCACACGGGAAUCCAUCGUCAGGCCAUCACGCCGGGGAGGCAUCUCCUCUCUGGGGUCUCGCUCUGCUCUUCUACGUGGAAAUGAACGAGAGCCACACGCCUGCGUGUGUGAGACUGUCCCGGCAACGGCGACACCAACAGGCAUUGCCUCCUUCACGGAGAGAGGGCCUGGAACACUCAAGACUCCCACGGAGGUUCAGUUCCACACUCCCCUCCACCCUCCCAGGCUGGUUGCUCCCUGCUGCAGACGCGUGGGAGCCCAGAGAGCGGCUUCCCGUUCCCGCCGGAUCCCUGGAGAGGUCCGGAGAGCCAGCCCCCAAAACGCGCCCCCCUCACCCCUUCCCCCUCUCCCCCUUCCUCUUCGUCUCUCCGGCCCCACCACCACCACCACCACCACGCCCUCCCCCACCCCCCCUCCCACCACCACCACCAUCCCGCCGGCC